AUGGCCUCCACAACUCUAAAACCCUGGACCUCCGAACCGCGCAAGCGCUACCGCCUGGUCGACUGCACACUCAUCGACCCGAAAGACGGCAGCGUGCAUUCUCACGUUGCCAUCGAUCUCAAAGAUGGCGUGAUCUCGCGCAUGUCAAAGCUCUCCCAAUGGCCUUCUCCAGGCGACGAAGUACUCUCAUGGACGCAAGGUGAAGAGGUCACUAUCAUCAACCUUGACGGCCGAUACGUGAUGCCUGGUUUGAUCGACUGCCAUGUGCAUUUCGCGACUCCGCCGGGUGAGAAUGGGUUGAAGGAUACGGUGAACCAGGACUUCAACACUUCUCUGCUGAGGCAGCCUUGGCUUGCUGGUGAGAUCGUGAAGCGCGGGUUCACCACUGUGAGAGAUUGCGGAGGAGCUGGGUUGGCGCUCAAAGAGGCGCUGAAUGAGGGUCUCUGUCCUGGUCCAAGGCUUUUCAUCGCUGGUCACGCCAUCUCCCAGACUGCCGGGCAUGGCGAUUUGAGAUCAGCGAAGGACGGAGAAUACGCUUGUUGCGGCGGUCACGUCAACGGUCUUGGCCGUAUCGCAGAUGGCGUAGAGCAAUGUCUGCAUGCGGCGCGGGAGGAGCUUCGACAGGGCGCAGACUUCCUCAAAAUCAUGGUCUCCGGAGGAGUUGUGUCGCCCACGGAUCGCUUGACCAAUCUUCAGUACACCCCCGAAGAGAUUCGCGCCAUCACCAAAGUCGCGCACGACUCAGGCACAUACGUCACCGCGCACGCCUACACUCCCGCGAGCAUCCAGAACGCCGUGCUGAAUGGUGUGAUGGGCAUCGAGCAUGGAAAUCUCAUCGACGAGCAAACGGCAGAGCUCAUGGCGGAGCGUGGCGCCUUUUUGACUCCGACACUGGUGACAUAUUAUGCCAUGGCUAGCAAAGAGUUCGGUGGGUUCCUGCCGCCUUCGAUCGCAGCAAAGAACGUCGAAGUUCUGAACGCAGGGUUCCGAAGCCUCCAGAUCGCCGACGCAGCGGGUGUGACCAUGUGUUAUGGCACCGAUCUGCUUGGACCGCUGCAAGUCAAGCAGACUGGAGAGUUCGCUCUGCGAAAGAAGGCUGGGCUGAGUUCUCUGAAGAUCAUGCAGACCGCCACUGUUAACGCAGCACGCAUGCUGCGGCAGGAGGAAACGCUGGGCCGGCUGAAGGAGGGUUUGGCAGCCGACUUGCUCGUCCUGAACGCGAACCCGCUGGAAGAUAUCGAAGUGCUCGAUCGUCCGGAGCGGCAUCUCUUGGCUGUCGUGCGAGGAGGCAGGGUCGUGCAUUCCCGGUGGUCGAAGAUGCCGAGCGAUCUGCAGCACGCUCGCAACAUCGAGUAG